AUGUUCCCUCUCGUCGGCCGCCCUUUCCCAUGUCAGACAGUGUUCCUCGUCGCCCGCGCUUUCCCUCAUCACCCUCGCCUACCCUCUGGUCGCAUAUGUUCCCCUAGUCGCCCGUGCUUUCCCACGUUACUCACUCAUCCCCUCGUCGCAAUCGCUGAUAGUAGACAUACCGCGUUUCAGAUCGUCACCCGCGCUCCCCUGAUCACCCUCGUCGACCCGCACCGCCCACAUUCCCUCUCGUCGCUGACGCUUCCCCUCAUCACCCUUGCCGACCCUCGCCGCCCUCGCCUCCCCUCGUCGCUCGCACGUCCCGUCGUCGCCCUUGCCUCCCAGUCACUCUCGCUUCCCCUCGUCAUCAGCGUUUCCAUCCGCUCUUCCCCCCUCCCCAUCUCACCAACUCCAGAGGGAGAGGAACAGAUGGGGAGGAACAGAGAUGGUCGCCAACGCCACCCCAAUCGAACAGCGUUUCGAACCCCCAUCCCCUACCCUGCUUCCCCCCAUCCCCUUCCCUGCAUCCCCCCACCCUCUUCCCUGUUUCCCCGUAUCCCCUUCCCUGUCUCCCCCCAUCCCCUUCCCUAUCUCCCCCCAUCCCCUUCCCUGCUUCCCCCCAUCCUCUUCCCUGCUUCACCCCAUCCCCUCCCCUGCUUCCCCCCAUCCCCUUCCCUGCUUCUCCCCAUCCCCUUCCUUGCCUCCCCCCAUCCCCUUCCCUGCAUCCCCCCAUCCUCCUCCCUGUUUCCCCGUAUCCCCUUCCCUGCUUCCCCCCAUCCUCUUCCCUGCUUCACCCCAUCCCCUCCCCUGCUUCCCCCCAUCCCCUCCCCUGCUUCCCCCCAUCCCCUCCCCUGCUUCCACUCAUCCCCUCCCCUGCUUCCCCCCAUCCCCUUCCCUGCCUCCCCCCAUCCCCUUCCCUGCUUCCCCCCAUCCCCUUCCCUGCCUCCCCCCAUCCCCUUCCCUUCCACCUUACCGCCUGCCCACCUUACCGCCUUCCCACCUUACCACCUCAAAUCCUUCCCUUCUCAUCCGCGCGCAGGUGUGGCAGAAGGUGCACGUGGUGCGGAGCUCGUUGGCGCUGGGAUUACUGGAUCCCCUGGCACAAGUGAUGAGCGUCGCUCUCUCACACUCUGCCGCAAUGCUGCUCCCCCUUGUGCCUGCCGCCUGCUGUCCACGCCUUCCAUCCCACCUCUCCCUUUCCCCGUCUGUUUCUAUAUGUGCCGAAUCCCUCUCGCUCUUCUACUCACUACGGUCUCUCUCCCUUCCUUCAACCCGCUCUACUUACCCCCCAGUCUAUUCUCCUUUGCCACACCUGCUUCCCCCCUCCCUCCUCCCUGCUUCCCCCCUCCCUCCUCCUUGCUUCCCCCCUCCCUCCUCCCUGCUUCCCCCCUCCCUCCUCCCUGCUUCCUCCCUCCCUACGCCCAGCUUCCUCCCUCCCUCCGCCCAGCUUCCUCCCUCCCUCCGCCCAGUAGCCCACCCUCCUUCUGCAAUGCUUCCCCCAUCCCUCUGCCCUUCUUCCCUCCGCCCUCCGUCCUGCUUACCUCCACCCUCUUAGAGGUGAGACUCACGCACCAGGUGAGCAUUCGACCACCCCAUAUGCCCCUCCUCUCCCUCUAUCUCACCGUCUUUCCUGUCCCUCCCCAUGUGCCUCUCCAAUCCCUCCCCAUGUGCCUCUCCAAUCCCUCCCCAUGUGCCUCUCCAAUCCCUCCCCAUGUGCCUCUCCAAUCCCUCCCCAUGUGCCUCUCCAAUCCCUCCCCGUGUGCCUCUCCAAUCCCUCAAUACAGGCCGCUCCAAUCCCUCCCCAUGUGCCUCUCCAUUUUCUCCCCAUGUGGCUGCGCAGCGAGGAGGGGGGAUGCACGCGCAACAGUGGGGCAGCGCAACAGAUUUGAUCUGAGUGCCCUGGCCAGCAGCACCACAGUGUUGGUGUUGUGGGAGGUGCAACCUGAUGCCCUGCCGCUCUUUCCUGACUGCCCCACACCAUUCCUUCGCUCGCCAUGA